CUCACCUCCUCACCUCCUCAACUCCUACCCCCAGCACAGGCGGCGCACCCAGUUCUUUGUUAACCUACUACCGUUAGGCUCAACUACCAGACUACCAGACUCUACUUCCCGAGCAGCGAUCCAAACACCGCGAAACCGCCCACCCCAACGCCCUGUGCCUGUCUUCUUCUCCCUUCUUCUCCCUCUCCCGCUCCAUCUCCCUGUUGCAUCUCUCCACCACGUCCAACUGACCACAACUACCUCUCCAUUCGCACCACCUUACCAUAUACACUAUUCGGUCACGCACCAGUAUCAACACCUGACUGCCAUCUGGUAUCACAUACGCCCUUUUCUAUCUCGACCACCCUGAGUCCACCGUCACCUGUCAAUCAUUACCAAACUCAAUUUACUUCCUAUCCACUGCUUGGUCCGAGCUUUUUAGACACAGACCUCACCAGUCGCGACCGACUGUGCUGUCGCUCGAGGAACACACGCUUCACUGGGUGCACUAUUCGGUGCGCCUAUACGCCUACCGUCGCACGUGUCCCAAAGAACUCCUCUAUCGUCCCUUCUCGACUCCUCUCUGCGCCUUGGUUUUGAUCUUGCACAGCAACCACCUCCCACAGCGGCUGGGCCCUAUCGUCUCAUAUCCUGCUCUGUAACCCUUCGGUUCCUAAUCAUCAGUCUGCAGUGCGGACUGUUCUAUCCUUUGCGCCUUUCACUGUCGAUACACGAGAGAAUGAUCCAAACAUUUUGACUACCAAAUCAUUUCCUGGCUGCGCAACAUCCAACUGGAAAUGUCGGGUCCUCGACCGCCUGUCCCAUUCAAGGAUCAUUGUUCCAUCAUUCACAACGGUGUCCUUUACGUCUAUUCCCCGGAUGCCUUUCAAACCCUGGAGCUGAAAGAGGGGGCUGAAUGGAAGGAAGAGUCCAACGGCAUCUCAGUCACAGGUGCAGUCUGCACCAAAGGAGGCAUCGAUGGUGACAACUCUAGACCUGCAUUGUACGUUGUCGGAGGUGCCGCGAAUCAGUCUUCUCCCGACUACCCCGGCCUACAGAGAUUCUCCAUCGACGACAAGUCUUGGAAAACCAUCCAGCCCGAAGUUGCUGUGACACAGCAAAGACGAAAUCAUGGCUCAGCAUACAUGACUAGUUCCUCCUCUUUAAUUGUCUAUGGCGGCUCACAAGAUGGUGAUGAAGGCGCCUCAACUCAGACCUUUGUCGUCGAGACAUUUCCACCCUACCGCGUCCUGGCUUAUAACUCAAACAAUGCCCCACCCACAACGAGACCGUUCAUGCUCCCAUGGAGUGACGAGCGAGCUCUCAUGGUAGGGGGAGGCGACACAAACACCAACAUUUUCACCUUUAGUCAGAGUGAGGGUUGGGUGGAUCUUGGCCUGGAAAUGCCCGACGCUCUCCCAGAUCACUCAGUCGCAGGUUGCGCGUUAUUCACCUUGCGCGAUAACAGUAAAAUUCUUCAAACAUUCAAACUCGGCCAAUCGCCCCCAACUGUCACUACCACCGUCUUGCUCAACCCUGGCAACACCCCCGCAACCUUCAACCAGACGGUCGGAAAUUCAGAUCCCCAAUCUUCGGAUGAAGCUCCAGCCUCAAAGAAAUCAAGGCGCGCAACCUUUCUGAGCAACUAUCCCGUCUAUAAUGGCUCACUAGCGCCAUCCGAGACUCGGACCGGAUUUGAUGUCGCCCAAGGCGACGACGGGCUGUUGGCCUUUGUUGGUGGAAAUGAUAAUGACCCUGUCGCCUUCUUCAAUCAAUCAGACAAUGCUUGGGUAUCCAAUACUCAAGUUCUCGGGGUCCAACAACCCUUGUCCAGCCCCUCUGGUACAGCGACAUCGAGCAACCCAAGCGCGACAGCGAGUUCAGACCCUAGUCAAAGCACCGCUGUCCCGCCAGCGUCGUCUUCUAGUAGGAGUAAAGGACUGACCAUUUUGGGGGCCGUCUUGGGAGGCGUCUGUGGUCUUGCUGCGAUUCUCAUCAUUCUGCUCCUCUGGCUCAGAUCCAAGCGCAGAAAACGGUCACAGGCAGCUCGACAAGAUGACUAUCCUGACGACAAGAAAAGAAGUGGAGAGUACAAUUACGAAGAAGGAGGUUUGCAACCGUUGUCCAAGGCUGGUCAACCAAUGGGAAGAAGUCCAGUGCCAUCGGCUGUCGUCUCAGAUGCAGACAGCACAGCCAUGUUUGGGACAAAACCCGACCCAAAGUAUCUUAUUCGACGAGUCUCGGCAGAUCGAAACCAGCCGGGCUUCCGUGGCUCUGGGAUCGCAUUUGGACAAGCCUUGUUCAAGCGCGAAAAAGCCCAGCAGCUAAGUAUCUCCAAGCCCAUGAAUCCGGUAUUGGGCGACUACAAAGAACGCCCGAGCAUCGAUUUGGGUACGGCCACACCCGCUGUCGCACCUUCCAUCAUUCCCCCGGGACCCAAGUCGGCACCAAUUCGCAAGCCGUCGCAGCGUAAGACAGAUGAGGGUUGGGGCAAGUAUUUCCAGAAGGAGACUCAGCCUGGUAACAGGACAACCUUCCUCUCAAGAUCUUCGGCAUCCAAAAGCGGAUUUUGGCCUGGAACAGGGGUCCCUGAGCCCACGACCAAGACUCAAAAGAUAAUCUUACGCGAUAGUGUUGGCAAUCCCUUGGAAGCACACACAGUUCCUGCCGGCAGCCCGAGCCUGGAGCAUGGCCCAUCUAACGCCCGGUCGCGGGGACUUCAGUCCGUUCAGGGGAUGCCUGCUCGGAUAUCCAGUGGGAGCUCAAUGACUACCAACUCGGACGACUCCGAGUAUGAAGAAGAUCGGAUAGAUGGCGCCUUCUCAAGCGGUAUUCCUGCCAGUGUUCACAACACAUCUUGGACGCCGGUAGGAAACACAUGGUCAGGACCCGCUGAACGACCGUUGCACCCACCAAGUAGCUACCUCGCAGCACAGGGACAAGGUCCACCGCCGAGAACAGCGUCCUCCGGAGACACAUUUGAUACUCAAACAUCAUCAAUUCCGUCAUUUCCAAUGCCCCGAUCGGUCCGGUCACCACCGCCUACUAAUAACAGUACCACUGGCGCCGGACGAGCGUAUCAAAAGGCCGACCAAGCAGAGGACUACUUUGGCGGUGGUGUCGGCAGAAGUGAUGAACCCACCAGCAAUGACAUGUCAUGGUUGAAUUUAGGCACACCUCGGUGACAACCGAACCGGUUCUCACGAAUACUCUACCAAUACUUGCUUGAUGACGUGGCACGCAAACCGCCAGGACUCAAAAAGCAGGAACGGGAAGAGAUUGUCGAGAGCCAGGCCGAACCAAAGCCAGAAAAGAAGUCGAUGCUAUUCCGUACACGCUCGACGCCUCGCCGGAGCCAUGCAUUUCACUACCCAUUGCAGGCCGUCACUCGGGAAAGCGUAUGGGAUGAUGUUGAGGUACAGCAGACCCCAACAAUCCCACAACCAGUGGCCCUGCCACCAACCCCUGGAGCGGCGACAAGAAGAGACAGCAACCGUUUAACAAUGUGAGAGGAUUGGAAUAUGGGAUGAUGGCAUCCAGGCUUGUAGCGCAGCAGAGCUGAGACGGUGAGUCAGUGUAAUUUAUUAGUUGAUCCGAGGAGGUCUGGACGAAGGUGCUAUGGGCAGGACCAUAAUGACGCUUUCGAGUAAUGUCUCCUUUGUAUCAAACCGGGAGGAUGGAAUGAUGAUGAUGAUGUCGAUGACGGACCGGGGCCUGCAUCAUCUGCUGUUUGGACAUGGCAAUGUAAUAUAUUGAACAGCGAAGAGGGAAGAGAAGAGGGAAGAGAAGAGAAGAAAGGGCAUUUAAUGACUUGGAUGUGAUGGUGACUACUGGGUGCUCACUUGCUGAGAACAUGAGAAUCAUGUAAUGUGUUGAAUGAAUUAGUGCCAAUUGCUUAUCCUAGGA